CGUCGUACUCUCUCGCGAGCGCCUCGCGCAUUACCGCUACGGUACGCUCGACGAUCAGUUCAGUCAGCUCGGCCGCACAAGCUCGUCGUCGCCUUCGUCUUCGUUGUCGCACUCGUCAUCGUCGUCGUAGUCGUCGUCGACCGGUGUUUUGAAUUUUGCCUCUGCUCGCUGAAAAACAUCGUUCCAAUCGAAUUUGUUGUACAUUUUUUUUUCUCUCGUCCACUCCCGACUAGGACGUGAGUUUCACCCCACAUGCGUUUUCCGUCAAAUUUUUCCAUAUUAUAAUUUUAUUAUCCGCGCGGUAUAUACCACAAUAACCGCCUUCGGCACAGUUAUCAUAAUAAUAUAAUAUAUUUGUCGUGGAGAACCUGCGGAGACAUAUCGAAGAUCGCACGACAAGAGACAUUGGCCUCUUGGUGGGCAUAUUCUGUGUGACUACGAUGUUUCACUUACGGACCGUGUAAGCCACAGCGGACCGAAAUGUUUGCGACCAACCGCGUCUCGGCCACGUGGGCCCUCACGAUAUUGGCCGUGACAGCGAUGAUACGGGCCCACUGCCCGUCAAACUGCUCAUGUGACGACGAUACGCUGGUGGUGCUAUGCAAAGAGGGCAAUCUGGACGUGAUCCCGAUCACACUGAACCCGUCCAUACAGAGACUGAUGCUCAUGUAUAACCGCAUCAAGAUCGUGGACGCAUCGUUUCAGUUUUACGGAGCACUGCAGUAUGUGGAUAUAUCGCACAACCACCUGGUGAACAUACCCAACAAAGGGUUCGAAGCCCAAGAGAAGCUCGUUGAGCUCCACCUAAAUCACAAUAAGAUCUCGUCAAUCAACAACAAGACGUUCAUCGGGUUGGCGUCACUAACCAUACUGAACCUGCGUGGCAACUAUCUAGAAGACCUGCCCGAUCGGCUGUUCGCAGCACUGCCCAAACUCGAAGAACUUGACUUGGGCGCCAACCGUAUCACCCGCAUCGAUCCGGCCUCGUUCCAGGGCCUAACCCGACUUCGGGUUCUGUAUUUGGAUGACAACCAGCUCCGAGCCAUACCCACGCCCGCAUUCAAAUUCCUAGGCAACCUUGCUGAGAUGCGCAUCGGCCUGAACGCGUUCACCACGCUGGACGAUGACUGUUUUGCGGGGCUUGGCCGGCUGUCCGUGCUCGAGCUUACCGGCGCGGCGUUGAUCAACAUCAGUACCAAUGCUUUCAAAGGACUAACCGUGCUCAGGCGACUGGUGUUAACGGACAACCGGUUGUCGGCCAUACCCACCAAACAGCUGUCUGACCUGAAUCGGUUGGAAGACCUGUGUGUGGGCCAGAACGACUUUGUGACGAUUGAACCAAACGCGUUCAAAGGGCUAGCAAACUUGCGAUCGAUUGACGUAUCAGGCGCGUCCCAGCUAUCCGUCAUAAAGAAAGGUGUGUUCAACGACAACCUCAACCUAGAAACCAUAAACUUUAGUAGCAACAAACAGCUAGCGACCAUUGAAAACGGUGCGUUUAUGGGGCUACCCAACCUCCGGAACCUGAUCAUGCGCAACAACGCAUUCACAUCAUUUGCCGAGGCGAUGGUCACAUGGCAAGAAUUGCAGCAGAUCGACUUGACCGAGAACCCACUGGUGUGCGAGUGUUCAGUGCUGUGGCUCAAGGAGCUGCUGGCCCGCCGCAACACCAGCCAUGUGAACUGUGCCAGCCCGGCACCGCUCAAGGACAAGCCGCUCAACUCUCUUGGGUCCGAUGACCUGUCAUGCGCCAAGUACUACACCAGGCAGCAGGCCAUCGUGGGUGCAGUGUUCGGGUGCACCGUAGCGUUCAUAGCGCUCAUGUUGCUGUUGGCGUACCGGUUCCGGAAGCGUCUGCACCAUUCACUGAAGAAGACGUUCUGGAACAAGGAGACGGUAAACCGAAAGGACCUAGAGUACCAGAAGACGUUCUCGGACGAUGAAUUCAUCGUCCGGAACACAAACACGCAACAUCACACUGGUCCACACGGACACCAACCACAACAACAACAACAGCAACAACAACAACACCAUCACCACCACCAGCCCCAACACCAUAACUCGCAGCAGCACAACCAGCACCAUGGUGGCGUUCAGCAUCACAGUCAGCCACAGCAGCACAAGCAGCAGCAUCACCACCUCCAGAACUUUCAGCAGCACAUCCAGCAGCAGCAGCAUCAGCACCAUAGCAACGACCAUCACAUGAUGAUGAUGAUGGCACCGGCACCACCACCUCCACCACCGCCACCACUGCACCACGGCACUUACAGCCAUCACAACCAACACCUUUACCAGCCACAGCAACCACGCCACCAGAACACAAUGCCGCACCGCAACGACAAGCCGAUACCGGUCACGGAACUGUAGCUAGAGCUUUUCGCCUCAACGCCAACGGGCGAGAGGCGAUACCAAGCCGCCGGAACGUCCGACGGUACUACUAAUGUCACCGGCUUUUCAUACAUUUCCGGCGAAAUCUCCAAAUACGGAGGUGGUGGCCAAACCUUGAACAACCGAUCUCUACCGCCGCCCGGUUACCGUGUUUACCACCCACACUCUCUCCGUCGUUUUUGCGACUCUUAAGCCCAGCCACAAAUAAUACGCACUUGCCGACCCCGUUUUACUUGCCCCUCUGCCCCGACGACCCCGAUCGCACCGUUAAAAAUAAUCCGACGCACACGAUCCCCUCGCCAUCCUCCUCCCCAUCAUACACCACUAGCCAGCCACUACCCCGUAACCAGCUUAAGUGCUACGGUAGCUGUCGUCUCGAGUGUACUGGGGGCUGUGGGGUGGGGGAGAGGAUAAGAGGCCUUUGUAAACUAGUUACGCAUCUCAUCGAUCGCGUAACACGUAAAACACGCGCUAUACCUCAUUGUAGGUACGUGUCGGUGUAUAAUAUAUACCAUUUGAUGAAAAUUCGAAAGAGUAAAGACUGUAGUCGUUGUGUUUCAUGGGAUACGUUCAUGAUCGAGUCCGGAAAAAUGUUCAAUAUAGGUAAACCAACACCAUCGCGGCCACCGCUACCGUAUCACGCAUCAACAUGUAUCUGUGUUUGGAGAACGUUGGACACACAAAUUCUAGAUCUAGUCGUAGAGUAUUAGUUUAAAAAAUAAAUUUAUAAAAAAAAAAUAAUGUUUUGUAAAAAAGAUAAAUUAAUCAUUUUUCUUGUUGUAUUCUGAUUAAACAUUCAUGUGAUCGACCCUUUGUACAAUUCAGACGUUCUUCAAUAAAUAAUUAAAGGUACUGUUGUUGUAAUCCAAAUCCGACGAUUUUUUUGUGCUAAUAAUGAUCAAUUUUAGAAAUCGUCAUUAUAUUAUGUGUAGCUCUCUACUUUUUAUAAAAAUUAUUAUUACUAUCAUAAUAUAUAUGUUAUACAUUAAUAUUUAAAAUAACUUACUUAACAUAAUAAUUACUCUCUUUUUUAUAUAAUAAAUUAUUAUAUUCAAUACGGUUUCAUAGUGUAUUACGUCAUAAUAUUAUAAUGGUAUUUUUCUAAAAAAAAAAAAAAAUAAAAAUAAAAUUCAUUUUGAUUAUUAGUAGUGUUUUUAGGGUUGAAAAAAAUAUUAUUACGCAAUUAUUAUAAUACGUCUUUGUGCUUAUAUGGAAUGUUUUCAAUUAAGUAGCCUUAAAAAAAAAAAUACCCAUAACAAUGUUAUCUAAUGAAAAUCUGUUGCAUUUACCCGUAACGAAAUGCAUGGUAGACGACUACACACCGGUGUCGCAUGCACUGUGUCGAUAUGCAUUAUGUAUUUUCCUCACAUCACACGGCCAGAUUCCUGCUGAGUGACACGCUAUACUCUCCGCCGGAUAUAUUAUAUUAGCUAUUAUAUUAUUCUCUCUGCUAUCUGUUUCUAUCGUCGCCGUUUGAAAAAUGGAGAAAAAUAAAUGUUUAAAACGAUCUUUCACCGUUUAUUGGUAAAUUAAAUUAUUAUUUUUUUUUUUUGUUCGCUUGCUUUCCAAUAGAGGCUCAAUGACAUUCGAUGUCGGCGCGAUCCCGUUUCCACGCGAGUCUCACUUUCUUUUAUAAUUUAAUUUUCCAUUUAUUAUUAUUCGAAAAUUGAUUUUUAUACAACGAUAUUAGUGUCAUUAUUUCUACUCGGCCACCCCAUUCCCAUCUCCACCAUUUCACACUUAUAAUAUUCCAUAACAGUCCGCUGCGGAGCGACGUGUUUACGAGUACUUAGAAUCUGUCCUCACUCAAGUGCAAUAAGAUUCCUAUACACACACACACCCGGCAACGUCGUAGCACCGUGGACGCUGUUCAAAAAUCUUGUAUAGCCCCAACGGACGCAUUUGAAAAUGAUUAAACGGCCCCACUCGACCGUAGUUAUUUAUCGAUCGAUAUACACAUGUAAAUACAUCAACGGCUACUUCGUACUACGGUUUUAAACGAAACACAACAACCACACAACCACAACCAACUACAGGUAUAUAGGUACUAUAAUAGUCGUAUAUAGUGACGGUUAUUAGAUGCCGUCUCGCAUCGAUUUUUCGGUCGGUUUUUUUUUUUUUUAUUAAAGCACGUUUAACGAUUCCAAACGGCCGAUACAACACGAUAAAACAAAAUAAUAUUAUGUAAACGAAUGGGUCGCGUAUAGCAUUAUAGUUUAACCACUGUUUGGUGCCAUAAAAAAAUAAAUAAAAAAAUAAAAAAAAACCGUUAAAAUUGAC